GUGUGUAUGUGUUCUCAGUGUCACAGAGUGUUCGGUCGGGUCAUGGCGUCGGGUUCGGAGGCCGUUCACUACAUCCACCUGCAUAACUCCAGUCAGUCAGUGCUGGAGGCCCUGAGGUCUCAGCGGCGUAAAGGUCUGUUCUGUGACGUGACGGUGCGCAUCCACGACGCGUCUCUGCGGGCUCACGCCUGCGUUCUGGCAGCCGGCAGCCCCUUCUUCCAGGACAAGCUGCUGCUGGGUCACUCGGAGAUCUCGGUGCCGCCGCUGGUUCCCGCCGAGACGGUCAAGCAGCUGGUGGACUUCAUGUACAGCGGCUCGCUGGUGGUGCUCCACUCGCAGGCGCUCUGCAUCCUCACCGCCGCCUCCAUCCUGCAGAUCAAGACCGUGAUCGACGAGUGCACGCAGAUCAUCUCGCAGAGACGCGCUGCCGUGGCAGGAGCCGGGCCUCUAGGGAGCGCGCUGCCCAAACAGGAGGAGGGGAAAGAGCGGGAGAACGCGGCGCUGCAGGGCUUCACUUACGGCAUGAGCGGGGACUGCGGCUCAGACAUGGCAGCUGCGCUGGGAGGCGGAGCUCAGGGGGAGGGAGGCGGAGUCAGCUCACUAAUGGCCCUCAGCGAGGUCGGAGGUGGGGCCAUGUGUAGAGGGGAGGGGCUGGGUGUGGCCGGGGGCGGGGCCAUGCUGAAGCCCACCAGCUGCUCGCAGGAGAUCAACUACAUGCUGAACCCGGAGCGCGGUGUGAAUGUGGGCGCGCAGAACAUCGCCGCCAACGAGCGCGGUCACAUGGGGUCUCCCAGCGGCAUGGGCCUGGAGCUGGUGGAGCGAUUCAACGACGAUGACGAGAGAGACACGCAUGACACAGACCGAGACAGACAGACGGCACACACGCGCAAACAGAGACAGCCGCUGAGACUGCAGGUGCUGGCUGGAGAGCAGGUGGUGGUGAAGGAUGAGGAUGGUCUGUUCGAGAUGGACGAGAGAGCAAACGCAGCGCAUCAGCCCGCCUACGCACAGGGUGGGUUCUUCGAGGACUCUGCCGUGUUCUCGGGUGGCUUCUGGUCUCAGGCGGAUCCGCAGGCGUCUCUGGGCUCAAACCCUCGCGGCCGGGUCAGCAAACCCCUCUCUCCUCCACCGCCACCCUCCCAGAGCCUCAGCAGCCAGAUGCUGUUCCAGUUUCCUGCCAGCGAAUCACAGCAGCCAUCCUUCUUUGUGGGCGGACCCAUGGUGAUCGACAGCCUGGCUGAGUCGUGCCAGCAGGCUCCGCCCCCCGCUCCCCUAACCCCGGCCCCGCCCCCUUCCACCCCAGCAUGCCUCGCAGGGCCCAGCUUCACGCCGCAGGGCUCAGAGACGUCCUUCGACUGCAGCCACUGCGGAAAGUCACUGCGCUCCCGCAAGAACUACAGCAAGCACAUGUUCAUCCACUCCGGUCAGAAGCCGCAUCAGUGCAGCAUCUGCUGGCGCUCCUUCUCUCUGCGUGACUAUCUGCUGAAGCACAUGGUGGUGCACACGGGUGUGCGUGCGUUCCAGUGCUCCGUCUGCAGCAAGCGCUUCACGCAGAAGAGUUCUCUGAACGUUCACAUGCGCACACACCGUGUGGAGCGCACCUUCACCUGCAGCGUCUGCCACCGCGCCUUCACCCACCGCAUGCUGCUCGAGAGACACGCCCUGCAGCACCACACGCCCGCCAAACCACCCACCAAUCACAUGGAACAGGGCGGGGCCAGCGGACCCGCCUCCGCCUCCUAGAGACAGGGAUGACUGAAGAGAGGAGAAACAAUCAGAUUGAAUACCAGGAGCUUUAACACACACUCACAAAGACACACACACACACACACACACACACACACUCUC